CAGUCUGGAGACAUUUCUCUUUCUGAAGGUCUUGAGCAAUAAGUCCUAUAUGAGGUCUGUGGCUUCUGCUGCAAUUGAGUACAGAUAUAAUCUCUUUCGGAUUUGUCUGUGUUGGGAGUUCAGUAGGCUAGAUUCUUGGAGUGUUUUAUGAACCGGCAGUGUCAAAGCUGAGAGGAAAAUGAGAGAAACGCCUUUGUCCAAUUGUGAAAAGGAAUUUAUUCUAAACAACAUCAAGGAACACAGAAGGCUGGAUGGCCGCAACGCGUAUGACUACCGUGACAUUCGCAUCUCGUUCGGAGUCAGUCUCGGCUGUUGCCAUGUCGAGAUGGGAAAGACCAAAGUUCUUGCCCAAGUCUCCUGUGAAGUGGGUCAACCAAAACAAACGCGGCCUCACGAUGGAGUGUUGUUUGUGAAUGUUGAGUUGUCUCCCAUGGCAAGUCCAGCGUUUGAGCAAGGAAGGCCGUCAGAGGAAAGUGUGGAGCUCUCCCGCCUGAUGGAGAGGUGUCUGAAAGAGUCGCGCUGUGUGGACUUGGAGUCUCUGUGCAUUGUGUCGGGGGAAAAGGUGUGGCAUGUGCGGGUAGACAUCCACGUGUUGAACCACGAGGGGAACAUUCUGGACUGCUCCAGCAUCGCGGCCAUCUCAGCACUCGCACACUUCAAACGACCAGAUGUAUCAGUGCAGGGAGAGGAAAUAACUAUUGAAGUAUUUGUUGGUUGACCCCUCUGAAAAAGAAGAAAAAGUGAUGGAUGGAAAGAUGGUGAUAGGGAUGAACAAACACAGGGAAAUCUGCACACUCCAGGUGACGGGUCAGAAUCUGCUACUCAAAGAUCAGGUCCUUCGGUGCUCAAGCAUCGCGGUAACCAAGGUAACCAAAACUACAGAACUGAUUGUACAGGCCUUGGAAAAUGACAAACAGGCCAGAUUACGAGGGGAAAAACAUGGGUUUGCCGAGCAGAUCUCCAGCGAGAAAGUAACGUCAAACCAUUGGCGAGAGACGCAGGUGAAGGUGAAAGAGGAAGUGAUGUCGGCCAGCGGAGGGUCUGGGGCGGAGUCUGAGGAUGUUGAUAGUGACAUGGAGGCAGGAAGUGGAGACUCGCAGACUGACGCAGCAAGGUUGAAGGAUGUGGAGCCAAACGUUGACAUCGUGGCCCGAGGUGUGGGUGCUAUAGGAGAGGGCGGAGCCAGUCGGUGGCUCGAUCUGCCGAAGACGACGCAAACGUCCAAGAACAAGGGCAAGCUGAAACGUUCACAUCCAGAGGAGACGGAGGUCAAACAGGAGUAUGAUGAGGACAGCGAGGAAGAAACACAAACAGUUCUCAACGGCGUGCAGUGAGGUCGCCCGAAGUCCUAUGUUCUUUUGUUGUCAAAUGUUUUUUCUUCAUGUAAAUAAAAUUCCUGCAGAGCAUUUCUCAAUCUUA